AUGAGUCUAAUACACGUUUGGCCUAGACUGCCGUUCAAAUAUCACGGAAAGCACCCAGUAUCAGUAACCGAUAUUGAAAAUGAGCACGUCUUGACGAGGUGGUAUUAUCCUGCCACAUCGGAAGGAGAUCAUCCAGGGAUCGCUUGGCUACCGUCUCGUUAUCAUGCAUUCGGCCUCGGCCACUUCCUUAAACUCUCGAAAUUCGCCUCCUUCCCAAUAUACCAAUAUCUGUGGACUUUCAACUCCCCAGUUGCUCGAGAUGCUCCAGUUGCAAAUCUGUUUUGCAACAGCGGAGACUCGGUAAAGCUUCCUGUCGUGAUCUUCUCACAUGGGCUGGCUGGUAAUCGAAGCAUGUAUUCAUCGUUGUGCGGUGAUCUCGCUUCUCGAGGGUUUGUGGUCGUGGCACUCGAGCACAAGGAUGGAAGUGCUUGUGCAUAUGUGGGCAGCGACGAGAAGCCAAUUUUGUAUCAGAGGCCCGUUGGGAAUGACGAUGAACUGCUGGCCUUUCGACGAAAGCAAGUUGAAGAAAGAUCUCAAGAUGUAAAGUAUGUCUUGGAGAUGCUGCACAAUUUAAACGCUGGGACUCCUGUUGAGAAUAAAAUGACUCGAAAGAUUUCAACCUUCGAGCAAAAGGGUUUCCAAAACAAACUCUCACUCGAUAAUAUGGUCAUGAUGGGUCACUCUUUUGGAGCUGCAACGGCUAUAACAGUUCUACAACAAACCAACAACUUCAAAUGCGGCGUGCUGCUAGAUAGUUGGUGUUAUGCUAUCGAGCCUACCCCAUCCAUCACUGUCCCAAUGCUCUCAGUCAAUUCGGAAACCUUCCAUUGGCCUGAGAAUCUUCAAAGUCUGCAGCAUGUUUUGUCUGGUGGAAAUCCAAACAAUACCUUUGUUACAUUACGAGGAACUGGACAUCAGGACGCCAGCGAUAUGCCAUCGCUCGUGCCACAUGUUUUGCUCAAGUAUAUGGGACGCUCUAUAUCCGCUGAUCCAUGUCGGGCUCUGGACAUGCAAUCGGUCGUUAUUACUGAAUUCCUUCGCCGAAAUUUGGGAAUGUCUGGCGUCGACUUGCCGGAUUAUUCUUCAAAGAUCAAGGAUCUCGCCCGUAAAGAUGUGGUAUUAGGUAUUCAGGAAACAUACUUCAAAGGACUGCUUUGA